CCCGCAUACUUCGUACACCAUAGAGUAUGGUUCCGGGUCUGGUGGCUAGAGCGUCACUUCUUCCGCAGGAAGCGGAAGAGCGAGCGGGUGGGCGGCUCUUUGUCGAAGCUAGAGGACCGGCAGGCGGCAGCAGCAACUACGGCGGCGGCGGCAGAACCCAGCAGUGAUGUGGAGGUGGAGACCCACAGGAGCCCCGGACUUCACCUGAGCUACCUCAGUGGUCACCAAGAGUGGCAAGAUAAAGAAAACCCUGAGUUGGGCGGGACCAGGAUGCCUGACCGGGACAGCUAUGCCAACGGUACCGGGAGCAGCAGUGGAGGCCCUGGAGGUGGUGGCAGCGAGGAGGCCAGUGGGGCAGGGGCAGGCAGUGGCGGGGCCAGCUCAGAUGCCAUCUGUAGAGACUUCUUGAGGAAUGUGUGCAAGCGAGGCAAGCGUUGCCGAUAUCGCCACCCAGACAUGAGCGAGGUGUCCAACUUGGGGGUGAGCAAAAACGAGUUCAUCUUCUGCCAUGACUUCCAGAACAAGGAGUGUAGCCGCCCAAAUUGCCGUUUCAUCCAUGGCUCCAAGGAAGAUGAGGAUGGCUAUAAGAAGACAGGAGAGCUUCCCCCACGGCUCAGGCAGAAAGUAGCAGCUGGCCUUGGCCUUUCACCGGCUGACCUACCAAAUGGCAAGGAGGAGGUCCCUAUCUGCCGUGACUUUCUCAAGGGUGACUGUCAGAGAGGAGCCAAGUGCAAGUUCCGUCACCUGCAACGGGAUUUUGAGUUUGAUGCUCGGGGUGGAGGAGGCACUGGUGGGGGCUCAACAGGCUCAGUCCUCCCAGGACGACGUCAUGAUCUCUAUGAUAUCUAUGACCUUCCUGACAGGGGCUUUGAGGACCAUGAGCCAGGCCCAAAACGCCGGCGAGGUGGAUGCUGCCCCCCUGAUGGCCCUCAUUUUGAGUCAUAUGAAUAUAGCUUGGCUCCAUCGCGAGGGGUGGAGUGCAGACUGCUAGAGGAGGAGAAUGCCAUGCUCAGAAAGCGGGUAGAGGAGUUAAAGAAGCAGGUCAGUAACCUACUGGCCACCAAUGAGGUAUUACUGGAACAAAAUGCUCAGUUCCGCAAUCAGGCCAAGGUCAUAACCCUGAGCUCCACUGCACCAGCAACUGAGCAGACUCUGGCCCCCACUGUGGGCACUGUCGCCACUUUUAACCAUGGCAUUGCCCAGACUCACACUACUCUCAGCAGCCAGGCUCUACAGCCUCGUCCAGUGUCCCAGCAAGAACUGGUGGCCCCUGCUGGAGCUCCAGCUGCUCCCCCAACUAAUGCUGCACCUCCUGCUGCUCCACCACCCCCACCCCCACAUUUGACCCCAGAGAUCACGCCACUGUCAGCUGCCCUGGCUCAAACAAUUGCCCAGGGAAUGGCACCCCCACCUGUCUCCAUGGCUCCUGUGGCUGUAUCUGUGGCUCCUGUGGCCCCUGUGGCUGUAUCGAUGGCCCAACCCUUGGCAGGAAUCACAAUGAGCCACACCACCACUCCCAUGGUGACUUACCCUAUCGCUUCCCAGAGCAUGCGCAUCACGGCCAUGCCACACUGAUGGGGCUAAUGGACACUCCCCUGGUAUAGCCUCCCAGGGCUGGGGUCAGGGGGCCCUUGCCCGCUCACCUAGCCUUCCCCAGCCCUGUCUGAAGGGCUCCCUUGAGAACUAGGACAAGAGACUACAAAGAGUAUGUCCGGAGGAGGGGUUGGGAUGGUGUGUUUUCUCUCACCUCCCUUUUAUGAGGGUCCUCUUGUCCAUCUUCAAGCCUCACAGUGGGGGCUUGCAGAGGAGUGCAGACUGAAGCCAGCAGAGAGGAAGGACUGACUGAGGGGCUGUGUCCUCUUACGGGAAUUUGGGAACAUCCCUCGUCUUGUCCUCUCUUCUGCACAGCACAGGUUCCAGCACUGGUUUUGAAAGAAAAAAAUACCCUGCCCAGAGGGAAAGCCAGGAAAGAUUGGGAAGUGGGUGGUUAGGAGAGAAGGCCUGAUAGGAGCCUUCAGACAAUUUGGGUCCUAGCUGGUUGGGUUGGACAAUACAGGAAUUGCUUCUGGGCCCUGGGAAAGCUGGGACCAUAGUGCUCCAGCCCAAAGACUAGCGGAGCAUUCAUUACCCUAGUUUGACCUGAAAAUCCAUAGGGCAGGGCCCACUACCCAAAGAAAUAAAAGAACAAUUAUUUUUAACAAAUGGAGGCAGUGAAAACUUGCUUAGAUAUUCUGUGUGGAAGAUGGGAGCAGUAAAUAGAUCUCAUGCCAAAAUGGGAUAAAGACCCCAGCCUCACAUAGCUUUGGUAAGAUGGAUAGAAGCCAGUGAAGAAGGGUAGGGACCCAGAACAAGACCAAAUGGGGCUUUGGGGAAGGCACUUUAUGGGGUAAAAGCUUUGGAGCCACCUAGUCUAGUUUAAAAAUAGUCCCAUCUGUUUUUGGUCUCUGUCUGUAUGUGCUAUUCCCAGGUUGCCUUAGUAACCAGGGCUCCUAGGGUCAUUUAGCAGGGCAGGCAGUAAGGAGAGUGUAUUUGCUGAGAAAUGGGGAUGGGAUGUUACAUAGUUGACAGAUCCUUAUUCAAACAGCAGGACAGGUGGAGUUGAUGGCAAUUGCCGCUCAGUUGAUGGCAGUUAAUGUCCCUCCUACCCCACUCCUUCAGUGGCCAGUUCCUUAAGCCUUCAAGGCUUGGGAGGUCUGCGAAAAGAGAGUCCUUCUAGGGACACAAGCCUCAGGGUCCAUUCCUUUCCUCUGUCUCCACAUAGGACCAGAAGUUUUAAAUCUACUUAAGUCAGUAAGGCCAGGGGCCCCAAUAAUCAAACCUCACUUCCUCCUCAGCUCACGGCUGAUGCAGGGAAAACAACUCAGGUGUCUAGUCUAAUGGGACAGUAGAUUUGGGGGUAGAGAGUGAUCCUGGAUUGUGUUCCCCCUCAUCAUAUCUCCUGCUACCUCUUGCUCUCUCAUCUGGUUGAUCACUCAGGUCACAUCUGGGAUUGAAGAUGGUGGGCUAGGUCAAGGCCAGUCAUUAAAAAAAAAGCCUGAAGACUAAAAGUGGGCUAACAUUGUGGAUUUUAGAAACAACACAUUGAUAAGCUUAAUGUUUUUUGGGACACAAUUUUUUUUUCUUUUUUUUUUGAGAUGGAGUCUUGCUCAGUCAUCAGACCUGAGUGCAGUGGUGCAAUCUCGGUUCACUGCAACCUGCGCCUCCUGGGUUCAAGCGAUUCUCUUGUGUCAGCCUCCCGAGUAGCUGGGACUACAGGGGCCCGUCACCACGCCUGGCUAAUUUUUUUAUUUUUAGUAGAGACGGGGUUUCAUCGUGUUGGCCAGAAUGGUCUCGAUCUCUCGUGAUCUGCCCGCCUCAGCCUCCCAAAGUGCUGGGAUUACAGGCGUGAACCACCGUGCCCGGUAAUUCUAGACUAUUAAAAGAGAUGGUUUAAGAGCAUUUAGAGAAGAAUGUAACCAUAGAUACCAACAUGAAUUCUCAGUCAAAUCCUGACUGACUUUAUUUCCUCCUUGCCAAGUUAUCUCCAAAGAGGUAGAUUUGGGAAACUUUAGACAUUGUAUGUCUUGUAUGUAUUUACUCCAGCUGAAGACCACCAAGAAUACACCUGGUAAUUGAGCAAGUUGGGUUUAAUGCUCAUUGCAGUGAGGGGGAGGGCUCACCAUUGGGGAUAAUGUGGUGUGUCUCAGCAUGAGGGUGUUAGGAACGACUUAGAGAACUUAGACUUUGGUUAAGUGAUUUUGGGGAAGAUUCAAGAAAGUGGGUGUUCUUUUGGAUUGGGUGCUGUUAAGGGAAUCCAGGAUAAUUGGGUAGCUUGUCUAGAAGAAGGGCAGACAAGUGAACCUAAGCGCAGUCGAUGAUGAAGUCACUCACUAGCUGGGAAAGGGGAUGUUUGCCGUUUUGUGGUUUGUACAUUGACCUUGUUUUGUGCUUAAACAAAAUUGUGUAGUGAUUUUGUUUUUUGUCUCACUUCAUCGCAGUUACUGAGUGACCUUGUCUGAUGCUGGUGUUUUGUGAGAUUGUUUGUGUUCAAGAGAACUCAUUGGCUACCUGUGAGCACCAGGUCAGCCCUAACAGCUCUGAAGCCUGGCUGUGUCAGGCCAGUUCCCAGAUUACAGGAGCUGCUUUCCUCUCUCUCACCUGCUAAGUCAUCACAGAUAAGAGGAAAAUUAUGGGUCAGUUAAUAGUAGCAUUUUUUCCAUGCAAAUGGCUCUGGUUAAAAAAUAAUGAGAAAGAAAUAGUAGCAUUUGGUGGAAUCAAACUGAACACUUGUACUUAGUGUUGGUUAGUGCAUUUGUGUUAGAGAAAUCUCUGUUCUCUGGUGAUAAGCCCAAGGGCUAUGUUUUCUUGUAAAAACAAAAAACCCAACUCGGGUAAACAUAUAAAAAACCCAUUUAUCAACAGUAACACAGGAAGAGCUAAAUAAUAUUCAAAGUGUUUGUAACUUGGAUUGACUAAAACACUGGAGCACUCUCACACUAAAAAAUUGCUUAGAUCUUGAACUAGUCUGAGGAACAACGUUAGAGAUCCAUAUUAGCAAUAAUUCACAUGAGAACAAACUAGGACUUCCAGUUGGCUGCAAAAAAAUAGAAUCUUAGCCCUCAAGAUGUCCGUUUAUAAAUAUUUAUUAAGAGCCUGCUCUGUUCUAGGCAUCUUUCUAGGAGCUCCAUAAGGGUAGUAGAACCUUGGUAAUAGAUUACAAAUACAGCAGUUCUAUGUUCUGCCUAAGUGUAACCACUUAGUGUGUUGUUCUAAAUGUAAUUUUUAAAGAAGGACAUUGAGAAACCAAUGUGUUGCUGGAAAAAAGAAAAGGCUGGCAAGAGAAAGCUUCAAAUAGAAGUCUUCAAAUAUUUGAAGGGCUGCCCACUGGAGGAAGAUCCUGUUUGCUACACAGGAAAUAAAAAGGGAUUUCUAGAAUAAUGGCUAAUUUUUUUUUUUUUUUUUUUUUUUGAGACGGAGUCCAGCUGUGUGGCCCAGGCUUCAGUGCAGUGGCGCGAUCUCUGCUCGCUGCAAGAUCCGCCUCCAGGGUUCACGCCAUUCUCCUGCCUCAGCCUCCAGAGUAGCUGGGACUAUAGGUGCCUGCCACCAUGCCCGGCUAAUUUUCUUUUUGUAUUUUUAGUAGAGACGGGGUUUCACCGUGUUAGCCAGGACAGUCUCAAUCUCCUGACUUUGUGAUCCUCCCACCUCGGCCUCCCAAAGUGCUGGGAUUACAGGCGUGAGCCACCACACCGGGCCGGCUAACAUUUGUUGACUGCUUAAUAUAAGCCAAGGCUCUGUGCUAGGCACUUUACAUGCAACUUCUCGUUGACACAAUGAGUACUAUUUUUGUACCCAUUUUACAGAGGAGAAAGCAGGCUUAAAAAGUAACCUGCCCAGGGUUCUGCAAAUAAGGAAUGGGGACAGGAAUCUAUUCAGGCAGUCUGACUCUAGACUUCACAUAAGAAAGUUCUAAUGGUACAGCCAUCCAACAAAGCUACUUGGCAGUAAUUUUUUUUUUUUCUUUUUUUGAGACGGAGUAUCACUCUGUUGCCCAGGCUGGAGUGUAGUGGCGUGAUCUCGGCCCACUGCAGCCUCCGCCUCUCGAGUUCAAGUGAUUCUCCUGCCUCAGCCUCCCAAGUAGAGUAGCUGGGAUUACAGGCGCAUGCCACCAUGCUCGGCUAAUUUUUGUAUUUUUAGUAGAGACGGGGUUUCGCCAUGUUGGCCAGGCUGGUCUUGAACUCCUGACCUCAGGUGAUCCAUCUGCCUCGGCCUCCUAAAGUGCUGGGAUUACAGGCGUGAGCCACCGCACCUGGCUUUGCAGUAACUUUUGAGGAAUAAAGAAUACGAAAGGAAUUUCCUCAAAUCUUGUUGCCCUUCCCUUCUUUGUGAGCUGAGAUCAGAGUGCUGUAUCUCACCCUCUGCCUCUUGGAGGUGAUUAUGGUUUACAUAUAAAUGUAGAUUGCAAGUCCAGGAAGUUUACUCUCUCUCCUCCUGUAGGCCUCAUCCUGUAAGACACUUCCUCUAACAAAUGGCCAUCCCUUCCUGUUGUCCACUUACUGCUUAUCACCACCAGGUGGCACCUGGGCAGCAGAAUUGUCAGUGGGCGGGGACCCACCCUGUUUACUUGUGUUGGUAACUGCAUUGCAGCUGCUGAUCCUGUGGCUCCUGGGCCCCAGCUGGGACAAGAACUUCCUGAGGAUGAAGUUUUAUCCCCUAUAUAAUUUCUGAUAAUCUGGAUGAGGUGAGGAAGGGAGAAGUUUGGAAAAGAACCUCCAUAGGUCACCCUCUCCAUUCCCCCAUUCUCAGGAACCUCCUCGCCUACUUCAGUGCUUGGCAAAUUUCAGUUUAUGAACCUCUCUAAGGUUCAUCCAUGUUGCCUCUGUAGUUCUGCUUUAUCAGUUGGUGAGCAGAUCACUCAUAAUUCCUCCAAGUUCCUUGUUUCCCUUUUCUGCCUGCUCACCUCUGGGAAUAUGGAGGAUACAGGAGACAGAAUAUUGUUUCUUAAAUAGUUCUGCAAACUGAAUGAAGCAGUCGAGAUACUGCUAGCCCUAGGGAAGUAGAGAAAAGGAAGUGAAAAAGUUGAAGGGACAGAGGCUGGGCAGGGACAGGUUUUAAGCAGCUUUGGUAAACACAGGCUGAAGAAAUCUAUGCCCUGCAGAAGCAGAUAAAAUUUAUCAGCUGCAGGCCUCAUCCUGUAAGACACUUCCUCUAAGAAAUGGCUAGUUUCUCCCCAAUGACCAACCCCAGUUCUUCUGCUGCAUCUGACAGAUUUACAUAAUAUGCCCCAUAUGUACUGCAUUAAAAGGUAAUCAUCUUAUGACCAACACUUCCCUCAUCAACUUCCAAUUAGCCUAGUAUCUAGAUCCUAGGACAACACUCCAACUCUAAGGCCAGUUAACUAGUAACAAUAGUCAUCGGUGUACCCUGCACUUUUUCCUUCCUAAACCUACACCGUACACUGUGGGACUGCAUUAAUUCUGCACCUGACUGUAUGGCAAACCUUCCUUCUAACUCAGGCAAAUGUGAAAGGGAAUUGUCUUUCCCUUAUUCUCGAUCCCUCAUUUUAGUGUCCUAGAAGUUCUUCAGGGUCAGAACAUUCUUGGAAAAUGUAAUAAUUUGCGCUGCCUCCCUCCCUUUUGGAGCCAACUAGUCUUACAUCCAUCCUCUAAGAUAGAGAUGACUUACUCUUGGAAAUUUCCAAAAAGAAAUAAAGCCUCACUUUCUAUUCA